UGUUUGAUCCCAACUUCUCUGAUCCUCCCCUUCUUCCAGUGUCCCCCCUCUUAUCUCCUGAUAAGAUAUAUCGAAUGGAGUCACUCUGCACAUGGUCAGUUUGGUGUGCAUUGCUAGAAAGAGCGCAUGUGAUCAGCACAGGGCCAAUCAGCACUGUCCAGACAGAGGUCAGGGGUCCUGCAUCCUCCUAGAGCAGAAAGAAAACUCCUCCUACAAGCUUUAAUCAGUGCUCUGCUGGACACUGAUAGAAGUUACAAGACUCCACUAACUUCUGAUGAGAAAAGGUAUUUAGCACUUUAUAUUUACUAA